AUGGUCAAUGCAUUGAACCUCGUCUCGCGCCCCAAUGGCGAAUACGUCCCUCCCAAGAGGAAAUACGUUGGCGGUGCUGGUCUUGUCGCGUGUCGCAACGGAAUCCAGGCGGGUUUGGUGGGCAUUAAGGCGAGCUGGAAGAGGACGGGCGUGACGGUUUCGUCCGACAUGAUGACGGAUCGCAACGGUAGGCCGCAGGCCAAUCUGCUUCUCGUGAAUGAUUUCGUCGUCGUCUUCACCGACUGUGUUGAGUGCCUCAUGGAGAAGAAAACAGGAGAUGUGGGGAAGAUGGGAUGGGCUAAGAGGGUUGUGGACAAGGGAGGGGAGAUUUCAAGCUUCUUUCGCAACCACCAUUGGACCCGAGGGUACCUGCGGACGCCGGACUUGGUGGAGGGGACGGUUCUGCAGGCGCUGAAGCCGGCUGGAACCCGUUUUGGAACGCAGCAAGCGCAGAACGUGCGAGCCAUAUCCCAGCUAUGUGCGAUGCGUGCCACUCUUACCAGCAUUGUGCUGAGCGACCUGUGGAAGGAGUGGGCGGUAGGGGAGAGGAAGCCAACAUGCGAGAAGUUUAGUGCGCUGGUCUUUGAUGCCGUCUGGUGGAAAACGGCCGAAUUUUUCACUGCCCUGCUGAAACUGCCCUACAAGGCGACGAGGCAGACGGACGGGCAUGCUGUGGGGAUGAUGGGGAAGAUGUGCGAUGUGAUGCUCCAGUUGACGGAGGACGUGGGGGAUUUGUUUGAUGAGGAUGCGGAGUAG